UUUUUAACAUCACGGUAAAACAGGAGGAUCAUGUUCAUGCUGUAAGGUUUAUCAAACUGGACAGAAUCAUGGAGGAGAGCUCCACUUUUCGUUACCCUUUAUGCGAUUACCUGUUUACUUGGAUUGGACUGUUUCUUUUCCUGCUGGAUAUAGCAAUAGACAUUCGAACUGUUGUGUCACUUUAUCAGGAGGAAGCUUAUGUGUUUAUGGGGCUUAUGAUUUUUUUUCUACUGGGCUCCUCAGUGUUAUUACAGGUAUUCAGUUGGAUCUGGUAUGCUGAUUCUCUGAUUGAGCUCGAAACUGAUGUGGAGAAAUUUGCAAAGAGAAAUAACUUGAUCAAACCAUUCCACUUCCUGCAGCUCGGUGUCUACCUUAGAUAUGCUGCAGUUAUUGAAAUGUCCGCAAAACAAUUUAUUAAGCAGGAAAUUAUUUUCAAAGAGAGUGCAUACCUGAAGCUUGACUUUCAGUUGCUUGGUCUAUUUGAGACGUUUUCUGAAAGUGCUCCACAACUCAUCCUCAUGACGACUUUAAUGCUACAAAGAGGAGAGCUUCAGCUUUUCACAGGAUUAAAAUUCCUCACAUCAGCUGCUUCAAUUGCCUGUACGCUUGCCAUGUACCACAACGGCAUCCGUGCUUUUUUUGAUGUAAAAUGCUGGACCGCCACUGGUGUCUAUUUGUUGUGGAACUUUCUGCUGAUCAUUCCUCGUGUGGCCGCUGUGGCACUCUUCUGCAGUGUAUUCCCGUGCUACAUCAUUGCUCAUUUUCUAUCUUUGUGGAUGGUGCUGGUUUUGGUGGCCUGGAGACAGAAAACAGAUUUCAUGAAAAGCAGCAGCUGGCAAUGGCUUUUCAAAGCUACUGUUGGAUUCAUCUGGUACUUCAGCUGGUUUAAUAUCUCAGAAAGGAAUACAAAGUUAAAGCAUGCCAUUUAUUGUAGCUUCUUGCUAUUAGACAUAAUAAUGCUUCUGGGCUUCUGGAGCUGGAAGGUGACUGAGUAUGCAGGCUGCUGGACCUCCUUAAACCAAACUGUAGUUAUCCCAACACUACUAGGAUUGUAUAUCAUUGGAAUUUUAGUGAUGAUGAUGAACUACAAAUGGUUUUAUACUAGCUACAAAAAGGAAACAGAUGAACUAAGUAAAAAGAUCAAAGAAGGUUCAUUUAAAAAAGCAAUUGCAUUAGGCUAUAGCAUUAAGACAGUAACUGUAGAUAAAGUUCCUGGAGUUCUCCUCCGAAGUAGAACCAUGGCUGCAGAUUUCUAUUUUUAGUUCUAAAAUCAACUUUACAAACACUUCCUUUAUCCAGUUGUGUUCCCCCAUUAUUCUUAAACUGUUUUAUACAAUGUACUUAUUUUCAUAGGUAUUAGUGCACUUUAAAUGUCCAGAAUUAUUACUGAUAGUGUAUAUCUCAGAAUUGACUACAGGUCAAAUAUAAUGUAAAUGGCUGUGAAGGAGUGGUAUCCUGAUCAAUGGC